CUCAGAGGGGGGAAGGACUGUAACUGUCGGAGAGGAACAGGAAGUAGCAGCCGAGGAAUGAGUUGAAGGCUACAGAGGCAGUUUCAUUUUCUCCCUGCAAACUCACACAACAUAUACCAGGGUUGAGACGGGAGGCUUUCAUUGACAUCCACUUACAGCUGGUCAUGGACCUCGUAGAGCCCAUCCUGUCCAUCGCCUCACAGAUCUACACCCUGGUCGAGAAUGUGAAGGCCAAUAAGAAGCGCUGCCGUCGUGUUAGCGACCGAGUCAAAGCCCUGGAGGAGCUGGUAAAGUCCGUUAAAGAGAGGAAGCAGGGACAAACCUCUGCCGACGUAAAAAAAGCUCUCCGGGAACUCUCCAUCACUCUGAAAUCAGCACAGGAGCUCAUCAAGAAAUACACUGUGUCCAACUGGCUGGAGCGCAUCCUGAAGUCCAGCGGCCACGGAGACGAGUUCAUCAGUGUGAACGAACGUCUCAAUGAUGCCUUCCAGGUCCUGUCUGGAGCUCUGCAGGUGGAACAGGGGAACACGCUGUACCGGGUGUUUGAACUGGCCUCCAGAGAGAAAGAAGACGAGAUGGACGGGAGGGAGGACGACACAGAGCUGAAGACAUUGCUCCUGGACUACAUGAAGGCCCAGCAGGAGAAAACAGACGCCAUGCUGAAAGAAUUCGAAUUCGUCAAAAUCAACGUGCAAAAGGUCGUGGAGCUCUUGAACAAACCCAGCAUCACUGAUGAAGUCAUUCGAAUGAUCAAACCACACGAGGUGAAGUACAACCAUCCCAAAGAGCCCUUCAUGACAACAUCAACCUCAGAGGUCUACAGGGGAGAGUACAGAGGGUUCACGGUGGCCAUCAAGAGAUACAUUGACCCUGUGAACACCAGCCUAAGUCAGGUGCGGUCUGUUUUUAAUAAGGAAGUCGAAACCAUGAAGCGUUUUGAGUCGCCCAACAUCCUGCGAAUGUUUGGAAUCUGUAUCCAGGGUGACGACGGACCCAACCCUCAGUUCCUCAUCAUCAUGGAGUACUGUGAGAAGGGAAGUCUCCGUCAGGUUCUGGACUCUGAUUGCAAACUAUCCUGGACCAGGAAAGCUCGUAUGUGUCUGGACGCAGCACAAGGACUCUACCGACUGCACCAGACAGAAGAAAAAUCUAAGGUUCAUGGAUGCAUCAACAGCAGCAAGUUCCUGGUGGCCGAAGGCUACACAGUCAAGCUGGGAGGUUUUGAGCUGGCAAAGACUGAGACGUCACUGAAAAGGUCAACAAAGGACAAAGAGAGCCGGUCCCUGUGCUACUCCUCUCCUCAGAUGCUCAACGACGUCAACCACGUCUACAGCAAAGAGUGUGAGAUGUACAGCUUUGGAAUCGUCCUGUGGGAAGUUACAACCCGUAGGAAACCUUUUGAAGAUUGGUCACAUAAGGAAAUCUAUCAGAAAGUGUGCAAAGAGAAAUUUCAGGAGCCGCUCCCUGACGACUGUCCCGAGCCACUGGGACAUCUGAUCGACGCCUGUCGGGCCUAUGAUAGCUUCCAGAGACCAUCUGCUGGAGUGCUGGUGGAUAAACUGCGCAGCGUGGUGGCACAGUUAGAGGAGUGAUCAAACUCUUCAUCGCUCUGCCUCUCGGGGUUUGUGGUCAUCCUCAGGAGAAGAAAUACAAUUGUUAGGCGAUAACACUGGCCUGUAACUUGCUGAAAACUUUGAUAUAAUCCACAAAAACAAGUUUAAAAGGCAUUAAAAGCCAUAUGUUUGCAUUUCAGUUUACUGUAACUCUUGGAUAAGCGUCUCGUACUGUUCAAACCAGGGACCCGUUUCCAAUAAUCAACUUUCUUAUGCAUCUUUUUACAAUUGUGGUGAGUUGUUUUAACAGCAAUGUAACUUAAAAUGUUUCUAAAUGAUUGCAUGUUAAGGAGCUAAAGCUCCUGCUGAGGUGCUGCCCUGCUCGGGUUGUUUCAGAGCUGGUAGCAGCUUGGAGAGCCCACAGAUGUUAACACUGUGAUUUCAGCGGUGCAGCUGUGUUUUACAGCACUUCUCAAUCACUACCCUGGGUAUCCUCUGCUCAUUCGUGUGACGCCACCGUCACACAUGUACAAACUCGUUACUAACAGGAACAUCAAACUGAAAAGGCCUCCGCCUAGUGGUGCAACUCAGUGUUAACACAAAAUCUGAACCAGAAAUACUUUACUCUGAAAAUCCCAGUACAUUUUUAAACUGUUAGAAAACACCAACUGCAUGUUUCAUGUAAAGUCAAGUUUGUUUUUGUUUAAGUUGAAUGUUAUGUUUUAUCUUUCGGCCUUUAUGUUUACCAUGGCCACGAAUUCUCUCUGCGAAUGAAAGUGGUGUUUGAUGCAACACGAUGUUUAAAAUGUUCCCAAUAAAACCAACAAACAAACCAACAGAACCUC